CAUACGUCUCUGUAUGCAGCAGGAGCAUCCACUCAGACCACUUUGGGUUUGCAUAUGGGACAGCAGACAUCAUGUGUUCUCUGCCUCCCGGGUGUGAGACGCCCUCUCACAUCACUGUGACCUCUGCUGCAACUGAAGAAAAAAGUCACAUGUUUUAAAGGUCCAGAACCAACAUGUGAGGAGUGACUCCUUCAGUCAUAACUUCACUGUUUGUUUCUCCUGCAUGUUUGAUUUCACCAACGUGCUGCAGCUGGUGCAGAGUUUGGAGGUGCUGCGGAUUCUCGGGGUGAGCAGAGUGGUCGUGUAUAAGACGAGCUGCAGUCCUGAAACACAGCGGUUACUGGACUACUACACAAACACAGGUUUUGUGGAGGUGAUUCCGUGGUCCAUAACACGUUUUGUGAACGUGUCUCGAAGCUGGCUUCCACAACAUGGACCAGGUGACCUCCACUACUUUGGCCAGAUCACUGCUCUCAAUGACUGCCUGUACAGAUACAUGUACCAGACCAGAUACAUGGCUCUGCACGACGUUGACGAGCUCAUACUGCCCCACACUGUUGACAGCUGGUCAGAGUUGUUGCCACAGCUGGAACAGAAGCACGGUGCUGAUCUCUGCUUCAAGUUUGAAAAUACCGUGUUCCCAAACACCAUCUUCACUCUUCCUCCAACUUCCCCAAGUCCUCAGCUCCCAGUGAACCUGUGGCAGGGUGUCACCGGGGUUAACAUCCUGGCUCACCUGCGCUAUGAAUACAGCCUCUCAAACAAAGUGUACAACUUCAAAAUCAUCAUUAACCCCAGACCUGUGUUCUCUGUCACCGUCCAUGGGGUCCUAGAGUCAAAGAAAGACUGCAUCUGGGUUAGCACCAGUGAUGCACGAAUGCAUCACACAAGAGCUCCAGUGCAACCAGAGUCAGCAGACCAGCUGAUUUAUGACGGUCGAUUGUUGGACUACAGCAGCCGCCUCAUCCCGUCUGUCAGCGCUGUUCUCAGAACCGCUGGACUUAUCUCAGAGGAUGAUGGAGGAUAAUAUUAUGGAUCAGUCGUCACUCCAUCGUCACUGGAGUCCAACAUACACAGAAAGUCUGCUCAGGGUGAAGAAGUGUUCUUUUGGGUAUUUAACAGCAGUGUUUGUCAAGUGGAGACAACUGUGACUGAACACGACAUAACGAGAAUCAUUCGUGACACGCUCACAUGCACAAAUUUCGGCAUGUCUGUGAAAUUCAUUAUGUCCCAAAUGUUUCUCUGCAACAAUUUUUACAAACUGGUAGCAUUAGAAUUCUUCAUGCGAACAAAGACACAGACAAACAAAACACAAAAACACAGACAAAGGAAAUUUUAAAUACAAUAAGAGAACUCAUGAGUGAACAGGACCCACAACCACAGAGGCCACGGUACUUUGCUGGUUUGUGUUGUGUCACCUCUGUUUAUGGGGUGUUAGUGGUUUUUGUAUUAUUUCUGUCCUCUGUGUGUUUGUCUCCCUGUUUUUGUCCGAAUCUUUGUGUGUACAGCUGUGGUACUUGUCCCCCUGCGUGGGCGUGUCUGCAUGUGUCUGUCAUCUUCUGUGUCUCAGUCCUGUCUUGUGGGGGUGUGUCCCUCUUGUCACCGUUAGGUGUGUCUGUUUGUCACGCUCUCCAUUCGGUUAUAUAGUCACCUGUCGUCUGGUGUGUUCUUGUCAUUGUCUGGAGUUUAUAUGUGUUUGUGUCAUGUGUUUGGAUGUAGUGCUGUGCGCCUGUUCUGUUGUCUGUCACGUCCUCCGCCCCUCAGUUCUGUCUCAUUAGUCUGAGGUCUGCUUAUGUCUCGCCCUACUUUUCGUACGGGACACACCUCCUUCAGUGUGUUUCUGCUUUAUGUUGUCAUUUGGAUAUUGUAGUUCUUUGUCAGUUUUGUAGUCCAGGUUUUGAUUUAUGUAUUUUGAUUUACUUAUACGUUUUGUGAUGUGUUCAUCUGUGGUUGUUGUUUUAUUGUCUGUGGAAUUUAUUCUACUCAGCCUUUCGGGUUCUUUAUUUUCAGUCUUGGGUUUAUUCUCUCUUUACUCUUAUAAUAUGCAUUGUGGUUCUUUGUCAGUGUUUUUGAUUAUUUUAUGUGGAGUCUCUUUGUUUUCUCUUCAGGAUUUCAUUUUUCUCUUGGUGUUUUAGUGGUUAUGUGACUUGAUCUUAGGUUAUGUUUUGUCAUUUACAGAUGUCUUGGUUUUUCUGCCCUCUUCUGUUCAUUGGUUUCUCAUGUCUUGAUUUGUCUUGAUUAUAUAUGCUUGUGAUGCUCAGCCUGUUUAUUUAUACCACACCUGUUUGUCUUGACUUUGGGAGUCCAUCGUCAUCUGUUUGGUCAGAGAGGUUGGUCGUUCCAGUCUGUCAGUAUUAUGCUUUUGUUUCUCCUCUGUGGAGCAUUGUAUUUUUGUUAGUUUUUGAUUCCUGGGUCCCUCACCGUUUCUCCAUCUCAAUUGUAUGGUUUUUUUGUUGUUAUCACUUUGGAAGUAAUAAAUUACCUGGUU